GCCCCGCCCCUUGUCAGUCUAGAAUUGAAAUGCGGAGCGAGAAGAACUACUGCGUCUAAUACCCAAAGAUCCGGUGGACUGAGGCGAAUGGACCUAUUUCUCCCAUCAUUUACGCACAGAUUUCUACGUUAUUUUGCGCACCGAUAGCGUUUAAAAUGCCUUUUCCGCCGAUAAACCUGCACUCACGGAUAUCAUCGCCUAGAAAGGAGCUGUUCAGGAAAAAGAAGAGCAGGGACAAUGUCGCGGCUACUCAACCCACGUUCAGUCAAAGGACAGGAGACGACAAGGAAUCGGAGAAAGAUAAACUGUCCACAUCGUGGGCAUCGGCCAAUUCAAAGCAGCUGGGACGAAGCAAGCCGACCAGAGUCCCUCCAGAUCCCGAGACGGACAGCAAACAUUCGUGGUUGAGCGUCCCCAAACCCUUGGCUACCUCAUGCGAAAGCGUCCCACGGUCUAGUUCUGGAGAGUCUAGCCAUAAAUACGCCUCCAGGACCUCUCUAGCGAAAGAAGUAGGCGAGCAAGAGAUCCACUUCUCCCUCAGUCUGACCCCCGAAGCCAUCCUGGUCAUCCAAAAGCGCAAUCUGGAAAAGCAGAUGAUGGCCAAGCAACAGAAGUGCUGCGCUUCCGCGGACUUGCGACACCGGCGGGUUUUCCCAUCCAAGAGAGCCCAGGGCAGCUCCAGUAAUAAGAGCUCCGGACCGGUUGCCAAAUUGGACGGUUCCAAUGACAUUAGCACCAUUGUGAAGAUCUCCCUCCUCAACGAUCAGUACAAAUAUGAUGAUGUGGAGUACGAGGAGGAGGAUGGAGACGUGGACGAGACUGUCAUGAGGAAAUGUAAAGAGUGGCUCAAAGGUGUGGAGAGUGCUGCUGCUUUUGGGAAAGUCGAUAAACUGUCAUCUUUGCCUCAUCUUAAAUGUUGAUACCCUGAACUACAUCAUUCCAUAAAGAAAGGUCCACUGUGAAGACUUCAGUUCAUGAGUCAGACACAAAAGUCACAUAAUAUGCUUUUAGAAAUUGUUGUCUAAAGGCUCAUUCAGACAGAACGCGUUCUUGCGUUGAAAAACAGCAAAUACAGUGACGCCUUUGUAAAAGUUCAGCUGUGUUUAACUGGACACACUGUCUUAAAACGCAAGACAAGUGUACAUUGAGCAACAGUUCAAAAA